AUGUACUACUACCUGCAGGAACGCACCAAAGACGAUGACGUUCGUAGCAGGGUUCGAGUUACAGCGAGCAGGAUUCAGGAGCGACUUCAGCAGCACGGCGCGAGGAAGCUCAUUGGAGCAACAAGUGGUGGUAGAAGCAUCAACAUGCAGCUGUCAACACCAUCACCAGCACCAGCGCAAUUACGGCAAGACAUCAUCGAGCGACAGCAAGUACAGUCGCAACUGCAAAUUCAGCAGCCAGCUCAGGAAGCAUUCACCAUGGUACCCUUCGCUCAACAACAGCCUAUGCCACAGUCCAUACAGCAGGGUCUCAUGUAUCAGCAACAGGCUCCACUCCAGCAGAGCAUUCUGUAUCACCCACAACAGCAGCCUCAGUCAUUCAACAUCACCACUCCAGUGGCUACGCUUACUUUGGCAUCUGCACCGGUGCAGAAUAUUCUGAUCGAACAAAUUGACAGCCCAAGGAUUGUAUACCUUAGUCGUCUUGACAUGUCUCGUUUCCGCUCACAAAUUCCUUCAAUCUUCCAUUGGGAACAUCCUUGGGGCUUGGAGCAGCUGGGAUCCUGCUCGAGUUCCGAGCUUAGGAGCGUCUACGAUCAAAUCGAAAGGGCACUCCAUAACGGAGGCAUACUUCCCGGUCUCGAGAGUGACGUGCGCUUGACGCAGCGCAGGAUCAGGCGUGUUCUUCAGGGAAGGGAUCUACUCGGUCCCAAUACGUUGGAUGCGUGGUAUAAUAGGCUAGAAGAUUCGGGCGACUUGGGUUUCCUGCAUCGCGCGUCCCCAGAUUUCGUCAUCGGACAGACUGUACAGCAGAGAGUUAUCAACCUUCCGGCACUCCAGCCCAACAUCGCUAUUCAGACCAUUCAAGCUCCGUCGCCAAAUAUUACCUUCCAGACUAUGCAGCCCCCCCAGCCUGUUGCUCCCCUCAUGCGGCCUGAACUUCCCAAGCGACUCAGAUUCCGUGAUCAGUGGGGCAAUAUCGUCGAAGAGCGUGACGAGACAGAACAGGAGAAGAGUGAUAGAGAAUAUCAGGAAUGGAAGGAGAAGUUUGGCGUCAAGUAG